AUGCAAGGUUCAUACAAAACAAACGGUCUCCCUCGACCAUACUACAUGAAGCCCCACAAGCGCGGUGUUUAUGAGAACAUGGCCAGACUGACCCACCUCACCAAUUCACGCAAGUUGAUGGGCUACUUGCUCAUGCUCGUGUUGUUCGGCCUUUGCAUGUAUAUGAUCGGCCAGGAACUCAGAGGCAUGCCUAGUUCCGGCUACGAGAUUGUUGGCAAGAACGUCCCUAAGACGCCCUCUAUCAAAGAGAACAUGGACGGAGAUGUUAAGAACUUCGUCCAAUCCGGCAAGAACAAGGAUAAAGUCACAGAGAAAGAUGCUUUGGCAAACGGCAAGAAAGAGGCUUCGGGAGAUUUCGACAAUGUCGUUGAUGAGGCUCCUAUGGGUGGCCUGGUCAACGAGGCCCCUAUAGUCGGAAAUGACGCUGGGCUCGUUAUUGACGGCAAGAAGUCUUCCGGAGAGAAGGGCACAGAGAAGAAGGUUCCUGCCAAGGCUGUUAAAGGCGCCAAAGGCGUGGUGAUGGAGCCAAAACAGAAGAAGGGUACAUCGUUCUCUGCUUCCAGAGAAGAGGAUGUGGAAGAUGAUGCUGUUCCUCCAAGAAAGGCAGAAGCUAAAAUCCCACCGGCGGAAGAUGUCAAGGCUAAGGUCAUCAAGAAAGGAAAAGCCCUUGACACUCAGCGGGAAGGAGGUAAAAAAAAGGGCGUGGAUUCUGAAGUGGCCCAAAGAGUGGUUGAUGAAACUGAAGAUUACCCAUGA